AUGGACACCCUUUCACUCCUUUCCUACACUCUCUUUUAUCUUGUUCUAUUUUACACUUUCAACCUUCUCUUCAAAUCAAGAAAAUUCAAAAACCUCCCACCAGGUCCACUUUCUCUUCCCAUAAUAGGCAACCUCCACCACCUUAAACGCCCCCUCCACCACACCUUCAAAGGAUUAUCCAAAAAAUACGGGGAUGUCAUUUCUCUUUGGUUCGGUUCACGUCUCGUUGUUGUUGUCUCGUCACCUUCUUUAGUCCAAGAAUGUUUUACAAAAAACGAUGUUGUCCUAGCAAAUAGACCUCGUUUUCUCUCCGGAAAAUACAUCUUCUACAACUAUACCACCUUAGGAUCCUCAUCCUAUGGCGAACACUGGCGAAACCUUCGUCGCAUCACUGCGAUUGACGUCCUUUCAAACCACCGUAUCAGUAGCUCCUCCGAAAUCCGUAGGGACGAGACUCAGAGACUUGUAAAAAAGUUAGCCCAGGAUUCGUCUGAGGGUUUCGUGGAAGUUGAACUCAGGUCUAGAUUCUUCGACAUGACUUUCAAUAACAUAAUGAGAAUGAUUUCGGGUAAAAGAUACUAUGGAGAUGAUUGUGACAUGACGGAUAUAGAAGAAGCAAAGGAAUUCAGAGACAUGGUGUCGGAUUUGUUGCAGCUGUCGGGUGCUAAUAAUAAGAAUGAUUUCUUGCCGGUACUUAGGUUGAUUGACUUUGAAAACUUGGAGAAGAGGUUAAAGAAGAUUAGUAGCAAAACUGAUGCGUUCUUGAGAGGACUCAUCCAAGAACAUCGCAACAAAAAUCAACAUACCAAUACUAUGAUAGAUCAUCUUUUAAGUUUGCAAGAAUCACAAUCUGAGUACUAUACUGAUCAAAUCAUCAAAGGUCUUGCUCUGGGUAUGCUUCUUGCUGGAACAGACUCAUCAGCUGUAACAUUAGAGUGGGCAUUAUCUUGCGUAUUGACCUAUCCAGGGGUGCUAGAGAAGGCAAGGCAAGAACUGGAAACUCACGUAGGCCAAGACCGUUUGUUGGAUGAAUCCGACCUUCCAAAACUCCCUUACCUCAAAAACAUAAUCUACGAGACACUACGGUUGUACACUCCCGCUCCAUUAUCACUACCACACUCUUCCUCAGAGAAUUGUAUUAUUGGAGGAUACAAAGUUCCAGCAGACACCAUAGUAUUGAUUAAUGCUUGGGCCAUUCACAGAGACCCUGAAACAUGGAGUGAAGCAACAACCUUCAAGCCAGAGAGGUUUGAGAAAGAAGGAGAGUUAGAGAAGUUGAUUGCAUUUGGGAAGGGAAGAAGGGCUUGUCCAGGUGAAGUCUUGGCCAUGCGUGCAAUAAGCUUGACUUUGGGUUUGUUGAUUCAGUGCUUUGAAUGGAAAAAAGUGGGAGAUAAAGAGAUUGAUAUGACUGAAGAAAGUGGAUUUACUUUGUCAAGAUCAGUUCCAUUAAAGGCUGUGUGCAAACCUCGUCCAGUUAUCAAGAAUCUUGUGAAGUAG